GGGGCCAUGGGCUCUGAUGUUCUAUUCCUAGGAUGGAGUAGGGUGGAAUAAAGCAUGAGGGGGCCUAGGCCCUGGGGUGAGAAGGACUGGGGUAGCCCCCGUGAUGAAGAAUGAGCUCUGCCAUGUGGGUUCUGGGACCUGCGGUGUCCAGCGGUGGCUCUGAGCAGGCCUUGGUACAAUGUAUAGAUGUAGCCCCAGAAACUGACCUGUCUACUGUGUGCAAAACCAAACAGGAUGGGGGUGGCGUCAGGGGCAAAGGUUAGUGGAGCCCAAGCAGGUCAGAGGCCAGGGCACUGGCUGUUCCUAGGGAGAGGACCCAGCAGAUCAGAGACUGACUGGGGGGAGCACCCUCGCAUGGGCGCCCUGGAUGUCUGCCCCUUCAUCCCAGUGAGGGGUGUCAGCAUGGAAGACUGUGUGCUCUGUGCCCAGGCUUUUGGCCAGCAGUUGGCAGAGGAGCUCAGUGUGCCAGUGUACCUAUAUGGCGAGGCAGCACGGAUGGCCAAUCGCUGCACACUGCCGGCCAUCCGGGCAGGAGAGUAUGAGGGACUGCCUGAGAAGCUCAAGCAGGCCGAGUGGGCCCCCGACUUUGGCCCUAGCACUUUUGUCCCCAGCUGGGGGGCCACUGUCACGGGGGCCCGGAAGUUCCUCAUUGCCUUCAACAUCAACCUGCUGGCCACCAAGGAGCAAGCCCACCGUAUUGCCCUCAACCUGCGGGAGCAGGGCCGUGGGAAGCAGCAGCCAGGCCGUCUGAAGAAGGUGCAGGGCAUCGGAUGGUACCUGGAGGAGAAGAGCCUGGCUCAGGUGUCCAUGAAUCUAUUGGACUUCGAGGUCAUGGGGCUGCACACCGUCUAUGAAGAGACCUGCAAGGAAGCGCAGGAGCUGAGCCUUCCCGUGGUGGGCUCGCAGCUGGUGGGCCUGGUGCCUCUGCAGGCCCUGCUGGACGCUGCCAACUUCUACUGCCACAAAGAAAACCUUUUUGUGUUGGAGGAGGAGCAUCGCGUCAGGCUGGUGGUGAGCAGGCUGGGCCUGGACUCCUUGGCGCCCUUCAAUCCCAAAGAGCGAGUCAUCGAGUAUUUGGUUCCCAACGACCCAGCACAGAGCUUGCUGGACUUGACCUUCCGUGACUUUGUCCGUGAGGUGGGCGCCCGCUCAGCCACCCCAGGUGGUGGCUCAGUGGCAGCAGCUGUUGGUGCCAUGGGUGUAGCACUGGCCUGCAUGGCUGGCCAGAUGACCUAUGGGAGGCGCCGCUUUGAACACCUGGACACAGCCAUGCGGCGCCUGAUCCCACCCUUCCAUGAGGCAUCGACCCAGCUGGCCUCUCUGGUGGAUGCUGAUGCCCAGGCCUUCACUGCCUGCCUGGAGGCAAUGAAGCUGCCCACAAAAACACCUGAGGAGGAGGAAAGACGUGUAGCUGCCCUGCAGGAGGGACUGAGGCGGGCAGUUGAAGUGCCCCUGGUGUUGGCGGAGACAGUGUCCCGGCUGUGGCCAGUGCUGCAGGAGCUGGCCCUCUGUGCGAACCUGGCCUGCCGAUCUGACCUGCAGGUGGCAGCCAAAGCCUUGGAGACAAGCGUGUUUGGUGCCUAUUUUAACGUGCUCACCAACCUUCGGGACGUGGCUGAGGAGGCAUUCAAGGAGCAGACUCACCAGCGCAUCUCCAGCCUCCUUCAGGAAGCCAAGAUCCAGGCUGCGCAGGUGCUGGACAGCCUGGAGGCCCGGCAGGCGUGAUAGCCGGCGAAGUGGCGAACAGUGGGGACCUUCUUAUCCAAUGAGGCCUCCAGUCCCUUUAGGAUGGAGCCCCAUCUUGUCCCCUGGGUCAGAAGGCGUAAAGGAAGGGAACAUGGUAGGGCUUGGGUUACGGCCUAUCUGGGCUCCCUGCAGGGUCAGCCUGUCACCCUUGGUCACUUGUAUCCCCCCAUUAAAGCCUGAACAUAUGA